AUGAAAGCCAUUGUUGAAGCUUCAGAAGGAUUUGUCUACCUUGUGAGCUCUGUUGGAGUUACUGGUGCUCGUGCAUCUGUAAGUGCAAAGGUUCAAACUCUUUUACAAGAAAUCAAAGAGGCAACAAGCAAACCAGUGGCUGUUGGCUUUGGCAUAUCAAAACCUGAGCAUGUGAAGCAGGUUGCAGGAUGGGGAGCGGAUGGAGUGAUUGUUGGUAGUGCCAUGGUGAGCUCUGUUGGAGUUACUGGUGCUCGUGCAUCUGUAAGUGCAAAGGUUCAAACUCUUUUACAAGAAAUCAAAGAGGCAACAAGCAAACCAGUGGCUGUUGGCUUUGGCAUAUCAAAACCUGAGCAUGUGAAGCAGGUUGCAGGAUGGGGAGCGGAUGGAGUGAUUGUUGGUAGUGCCAUGGUGAAAUUACUGGGUGAAGCAAAAUCCCCUCAAGAGGGGUUAAAAGAAUUAGAAUCCUUCACCAAGUCCUUAAAAGCUGCCCUGGAUUGA